CUGAAUAAGGACUUUAAGGGUUCACCGCCAAGUACGUCAAAGGAUUCAACAGCAGCAGCAGCAACAACAACAACAGAAACAGAAGCAGAAACAGAAGUUCCUUCCCAGGAGGUUAAUCAUAUGCAGACUAACGAUCAGGCACAGGUAGAUCAGCUAUUUCUAUUGGCUCUUCAAGAACGUUUAGCUGCUCAACAGGCUGCAAAUCGAUCUCAAAAUUUGGAUCUGCAACGGGCUGUUGAUGCUCAACGUCUUUGGAGCCUUAUGUUGACUGGACUUCCUGGAUUAUUCCCGUUAAAUAUUGCUGGUUUAUCUGCUGCUAACCAAGUUGGAAUAACGCAUCCGCUGUAUCAGGUAAAAGAGCAAGUAUAUAGAGUGAAGGAGGAUAUGGAGGAGGGAAGGAUAUAA